CUUGACUUUAUGAGUCUAGUAAUCAUCGAUCCAUGACCGACACGCGUGCCAGUAGUUGUCUAAAUACCAGUAGGUCUUUCAUCGAGAUGAUGUCUUCGCCCGCCCGCAUGCUAGCAACUAGUUGCUUCUAAUGAUGUCAUCCACCACGCGCGUGCCAGCUGGCGUACGUAAGUGGCGAGCACUCGAGCCGUUGCUUCAACGCAUCGCGUUGCCUGAAAACUGGAGUAUAAAGGGGUCCUGUCUUUUUUUUCGUUGUCCAGAAGAAGAAAGAGGAUGUCAAAGAAUAAAGAACGGAACGCAUUUAACGUCUAAAACUACCGAGGCAAGUCGCUUGUCAGGAGCCUCAAAAGUACGCCAAGAUCUGGGUCAUCUCCAAGACUUCUUUCGUCGAGAAGAUAGCACCUCCCCUGAGCCUGACGAGUUUGAACUCGAAAAUGUGAAACAACAACACCUCGAAGUACUAGAAGAAGAAGUCGUCGAAUCGUCAAUGGUAUUGAAUCGCGAAACACGAUCCAUUUCAGGUCGUCGCGAGGAAAAUGAAUCUUCAAUUUAUCGCUCUAGGCGUCCCAGCGGUAACAUACAACCGAUCCCAUGGAGCAACGAUGACCCUCACCAAAGUACAAGAGCCAACCUCCUCCACGAUCAUCAGAAGAAUCCCUCGAUGAAGAAGACAAGAUGUAGAGGUCCUCUUCGAGUUGCUGCUUUUGACUUUGAUCAACUACUGAACUACAGUCGACGGGACGAAGCAUUAUGCGAAGAACUUUUUGUCCAGCAAGGCUGUUAUUUGGACCCUGCUGUUUCGCACACUUUCCGCAUCCUUUCCUCGCAUUUCGGAUACAAGCUAGUAUUAAGGGUCAACUUGGAUGAUGUACGCCGUGCCUGUAUAUGACAUCUACGUUUAUAUGACUCGGAAAUUUCGCCCCAAGCCAUGACAGAGGAAGUUUUGGCAAGAUCCCUCGCCGGGGGUGUCUGCGCUGCUCAACCCCUGGCCCUCACCUGCCCAGUGAAGGCGGGACGAAUGGCAGAAAACAAGAAAGCACCACAGUCGAUAAGGCGGACGCGGGCGGGCCCCCCAGCACCUGGGGCCACUUUGUGGAAGUCGCCCAAGAGUCACCACGUGGGCAAUGCUGACGGGCGCGGGGCCUGUGUGUAGGGGUCGCGCAGUCCUCAAGCCAUGGCGCCGCGUGUCGGCAUGUGGUGAGACAGCGAGCCGACUGGUCAAGCCAAAUCCAGGCGGCAGCUCGGGCCCACCGUCAUGGUCGUGGUCAGGUGGCCUGUCAUGCGCCACACCGGGCUGCGACGGCUUUCGCCGGCGGUGGCUUGUCAGGGUCACUGUCACACCUGUACAACACACGCACACCCUCUGUGGGUGGGUCAUGCUGGUGGCCACCAGGUGGGGGGAGCCGUGGGACCGGUCUGCCAGCGUCAGUCGCACCAAGAGCCAGGCAACACGCCAAGCAAAGGCGUGAGGGUGUGUUGCUCUAUGGGGCUGUCCCUGAGGCUGGUGUGGGGUUGUCGCGAACCGAGGCAGCCGGCUUGCUGUGAAAUCCCAAGCCUGGAGGAUGGUGCUCGCAGCGGCCGGCGGUACUCGCUAACCGCGGCGACGCUCUUCGUAGUAACAGCUGUCGCGCCAAAACUUCGCUUGUCGGGCAUUGGGGCGAAAUUUCUCAAUCAUAGUUUACGUACUUAUUUUAUCUGAAUAAAUAUGUAAUAAGGUCACGAAGGACUGUAAGAGGAACACAUUAUGACACAUUGGAAAAGCGUGCCUGUUGAUAGAUAGCGAGUUUUGCUAACAAGAGAACCAAAACCGAGGAAAUGCUGAUAGAAGUGAUUAACGAAAAUCAUUACAGAUACAACGACAGUCUCGGUUCAUACAACAGCACAAUAAGCUGCUCAACAAUCCUAAGUGGACAUCUCUCUGGCCUGCAUUGUCAGCGAUCUUCUAGCAUUCGAUUCUUUAGAGUACCUACUGUCGCUAAUCUGAGUGUUUUCGAACCAGAACGUCUUGCGUAAAUGCAGCACUUUAGAGCAGUGCCAGGAGGCUGUGGGCCGCUGCAUCACUCGAUUUCGGCGAUUUCAAAACGCAUUAAAAAUGUCAUCUCAAUCCUAUAGUGUAGUUUCUUCUUCUACAACUACAUCUACUGGAACUACCACUUUGUCGGCCACUUCGACUAGCAGUACUUGUGUAAGAGGAUCGUCUUCUUGUUCUUCCUUUUCAUCUUCUGGCGGACUACAUACUGCGAUUCUUGAGAAUACCGGAAAUACCAGUACAAGUACAAGAAGCAUAUCGAUCGCCGAAGAUGAGGGUGAAGCUUCGCCAAGAACAGCGUCUGGAGAAGAGUCUCUACCUGUGGAUCUCUACCUUGCAGUAGGGCGAGGCGACACUCAGGAUUGGUGUCGAAAACCGAAUCCAGGUAUGUGGCAUUUGUUUGUUGACCAGGAAUCUUCUACUUCUGAUUACCACCGAGCUGUCAUAGAAAAUGAACCCGCAUAUAACCUACAAAUUGACCAGGCUUCUGAAGAUCACGAUUAUGAAAGCACAACAUCAACAUCGUCCGUAUUAGUGCAUGAUGGAGAACCCCGACCUUCAUCGUCUUCUCUCACUAAUUCCUCAUCAUCAAUAUCGUCAACCUUAUCGUUAUCGUCACAAGUAGAGGAUGUUGGCCCUAAAGACAUAGAAUUAGAACUAGAACAGCAAAAGACAAAAGGUCGACCAGAAAGAAUGAACCUUAGGAUUGAUUAUGCGAAUAGUUUUUUCGUCGGAAAUUCUGCUGGGAGGCACAUGGAUAAAACCGAUUUCGAUCGACGUUUCGCUGAAAAUGUAGGACUUCGUUUUUAUACUGAAGAAUUCUUUCCAAAUUUCGUGAAGUACAUGGAAAAUGCGCCUGCACCAACAUCUAGCAAAUCUAAAUGUUCACAGACCACGAUAGAGUGAGGUCGUUUUGAAUUUCGUCGACUUCACACGCGGGAGUAAGAAAAUUACAUCAUCUGAUAUAUAGUUUAUACCGUCACCUGUGGGAGAGAAAAGAAAUAGCAACUACAAAAUGC